CUCACCACUCUGUGCACUUUGAUACAGAGCUGCUGGCAGCUUCAACUCACAUUUGCAGGCUCAGCAUCAUCAUGGGUCUGCAUGCGUGCCAGUUCAUCUUUGCAGCUGUGCUCCUGCUCCUGGCAAUAAUCGGGAUUCUGCUAUCAGUCCUCCCAGUGAACAAAGUAGUUCACCCUCCUGAGAAUAUGUAUGGAAUUGUUCUGGAUGCAGGCUCCUCCCACACCUCCAUGUACAUCUACAAAUGGCCAGCUAACAAACACAAUGACACAGGGAUUGUCACCCAACAUGAUGAGUGCCAUGUGAAAGGUGGAGGGAUAUCCAGCUAUGCAGGUGACCAUGGCGGCGCAGCAAAAAGCCUGGAGGUGUGUCUGGAAAACGCCAAGAAAGCUAUUCCCAAAUCCAGGCACCACCUGACCCCGCUGUAUCUCGGAGCGACUGCAGGCAUGAGGCUCUUAAACAUCAUGAAUGCCACAGAGACACAGCGGAUACUGAAAGAAGUCAGCGCCAAACUGCAGUCGUACCCUUUUAGGUUCCGUGAGGCCGCCAUCCUGAGUGGCAAGGACGAGGGCGUGUACGGCUGGGUCACAGUCAACUAUCUCCGGGAGAAUUUUAUCAAAUAUGGUUUCAUAGGUCAGUGGAUCGAUCCCGGCAGGGCCACGGUUGGGGCGAUGGAUUUAGGCGGAGCUUCAACCCAAAUCACUUUUGAGACCAAGGAAAAUGUUGAGGACGAGACUAAUUUGAAUGAGCUGAAGCUUUACGGACAAACCUACCGUCUGUACACACAGAGCUUCCUGUGCUACGGCCAAGACCAGUUCUUAAGAAAACUACUGGCUCAACUCAUCAAGACUCAGGGCAUGACGGCACAGGUGUGUCACCCCUGCUAUCCCGCACACUUCAACACCUCCAUCAAACUGGGAAAAGAUGUGUUUGAUUCUCCGUGUGCGAAGAAUCUCAGACCGCCACAGUUUGACCCGCAGCAGUCCAUCACCAUCGUGGGUGCAGGAGAUUACCAACUGUGUCUGAACAACAUCUCGCUGUUGUUCUCCUUUGACAACUGCAACUUCUCCAAAUGCUCCUUCAAUGGAGUGUUUCAGCCCAACGUGACAGGGAACUUCAUGGCCUUCUCAGCCUUCUUCUUCAGUCACAAAUACAUCAAGCUUCUGACUGGCAUGUCUCCCAGGUCCUCUGCUGAAAUGACUAUGGCAAUCAAACGCAUGUGUAACAUGACCGUCGCUGAGAUGUCCAAGAAGACGCAGCAGCCAGAGAAAUACAUGAAGAAUGUCUGUGCUGUCGCCAUGUUUGUCCAGGUCCUCUUAACCAACGCAUACCAGUUUGAUAAGGAUUCUCUUCCUCGCAUCUCUUUUGAGAAAAAGGUAGGAGACACAGCUGUGGGCUGGACUUUGGGAUACAUGCUGAGUCUGAGCAGUAUGCUGCCAGCAGAGAGCAUCACACUGAUGCGGACUCUGCCUCCAGGACCUUGGACAUGCAUCCUCCUCCUCUUCAUUAGCCUUCUCUUCAUUGCGUUAGGGUACCUGCUCAUGAUCUUCCGUAAGACAAAGAAUUAAUGAGGCAUGGUGCAAGAAGAUGACACAGUUUGCAACUGUGUUCACAUUCUGAAAAAAAAUGUGCAUUUGUUCUCUA